AUGGCCUCUGACUUCGGGAAAAGAGUGCUUGGGGAGGUCAGUGAGGAGAGUCUAGACGAGCUCUUGCAUGAUUUGAGAUCUCUACGCCCGCCUGGUGCGGCUGCAUACAAUGCAUCAAAUUGCCGCCUGGGGAUUCAGGAAUUGGAUGAAUUGCUACAGGUGUUUAUGCCAUCGCCUCCUGCACCAGUAUCUGUUUUCCGUCCCGAGAGCCCAGCCUACCACGGUCAAGAUGUAGGCCACGGAGACGAUGCUGGAGAACGCAACGAAGUUGAAACCGAAAGCAGAUCCCCAACGGAUCCCAUAUCCGCUCUCCGUGUUGAUGAGGUCAAUCCUGUUGUGGAGGUGUCCAGUUUUUCCUCUGGGGCCGGGAAGACGCAACUUCUCUACUACCUAACAGCUGUUGCAAUUCUCCCGGCACACUACAACGGGGUCCAACUGGGUGGCAGAAAUGCUGCCAUCGUCUUCAUCGACGCCGAUGGCCGUUUUGAUGCCGAUCGCCUCCAUGCCGUUGCGAAAGGGAUCAUCCAACGGAAACUGGAUGCACAUUUGCGUUCGGAGACGGCGGAGUCUGGGGUCGAGUCCCUACUCCUCUCAGCGCUCCAUCAUGUUCAUGUUUUUCGCCCUCAAUCGUCUUUGUCGUUACUAGCCACACUCAAAUAUCUAGAUGCCUAUCUCCUCGAUUUAAACUGUCACUUCUCGUCUUCCCGCCCGCUUCAUGCUAUUCUCCUGGACAGCGCCAAUGCGUUCUUCUGGCAAGAUAAGCUGCGUGACGAGGUAGCGAGGAUUGAAGAAAUUGGACGGUCAUCUGCUGAGAUUGAGCGCGAGCGGGAGCAGAAUAGAAGCUUUCAGCUGGGGGUUCUUUAUGCCGCGUUGGUGGAGGAGUUGAGACGGUUACAAAGGAGAUUCGGGUGUGCAAUAUUCUAUACAUGCAUGGCUUGGGGAGCAAAACGGACAGGUCCCUCAGAGUCUGGAAUGGGGCUUGAAUCAGAAUCUAAUUUCGGUUUUUACAGUCUUGGAGCUGGUAUAAGAUUCCAAGGGCCAUCCCUUCGCCCUCCGCUUCCUGCACCUUGGGGUAUUUUUCCUCACCUCCGCUUGAUAGUGCAGCGAGAUGGAGCGAGGCCCUUUCCACCAAAGACGACUGUUCAAACAGCCAGCCGAAAUGCACCCACGUGCUACGAAAUGGUCGCAAAGGGGAGGUUCUCGGCCUGUAUUAAUGUGUGGGGGAGCGAAGGGUGGUCUUCUAAAGUGGUGGAGGGGCUGCAACGAAGAAAGGGGUUUUCCUUCCAUGUGGAUCGCUCUGGUGUUGGAUUGAGUACUGAACAAGUCGAUUGA